CAGGAAACUGAGCUGUGACCACAGAGUGGAGCUCUGCUGUUGCUGAAACCCAAUGGCAUGUUGGAAGGCGGAGGAACGCAGCCCCUCCCCCCCCUCUCCCCCACCUGUGUGCAGGUGAGGCGGGUGUAUAAAGGAGUCUUUCUCUGGAUGGAAACAGACUCCGGCAGCUGCUCACACUGAGAUCUUUGUCACAAACUUUCGGAUUUCCUGCAGAAAGAUGGAGAAACUGCUCGUGCUCUGCCUCGCUCUCAGCCUCACCGCCUCAGACAACAACACAUCUGCUCCCAGUACCGCCAACAGCGCAUCUGCUUCCAGUACCGCCAACAGCGCAUCUGCUCCCAGUACCGCCAACAGCGCAUCUGCUUCCAGUACCGCCAACAGUGCAUCUGCUCCCAGUACUGCCAACAGCGCAUCUGCUCCCAGUACCGCCAACAGCGCAUCUGCUUCCAGUACCGCCAACAGCGCAUCUGCUCCCAGUACCGCCAACAGCGCAUCUGCUUCCAGUACCGCCAACAGCGUAUCUGCUCCCAGUACCGCCAACAGCGCAUCUGCUUCCAGUACCGCCAACACCACCGCAGUGGGGACGAACUUGACGACCGCCUCUCCGGAUGUCACCGGAACGCUCACGACCCCGCAGAACAGCUCAUCUGCAAACACAACAACAAACAACGCAACCUCUACAACCCCUCCGCCCGGUAACGGCACCAACACCAAUUCCUCCGCGACAUCCUCCCCUACCACAGCAAGCAACGGAACGGCCACAAACCAGUCGAUCACAACUCCGAGCACGGCCACGAGUACGACCCAGAGCACGGCGGCGUCUGCGGCCAGCAGUAGUGCGGGGGUUCCUGGGUGGGGCAUAGCUCUGCUGGUCCUGGCGGCUGUGGUUUUGCUGCUGCUGCUCCUGCUGCUGAUCGGACUGCUGGUGUGGUGCUGCUGCUACAGGGGGCGCUCCCAAGGCUUCAGUCCCUACGACCACCUGAACAGCAGAGACGACAUCCCUCUCUACACCACUCACGGGCGCUUUGAAGCCACCAAUGGGAGAUCAUACGAGCAGACCGAGCGGCCGAUGAGGAGCUAAACACAGACGCCCGCUCAUCGACCAACUCAACACGUUUACUUUGUAUCUCUCAGUCUUUUUUACGAACAUCUGUCAUAAUUACUGUUUUAAUGUCAUGGACAUUAAUUUAUUGUCUGAAGGGAAAAUCAGAAACACGGAGUUACACUGAUCGGUGGAUUUAGGGUGUCAUUUAUAUUUUACUUUUGUUAUCAUAUGUUUAUCAUGUCAUCAUAAUUACAACACAAACUUUACAUGUUUGUCUCUGAUUUUCAUUCCUUCUGUCUGUUUGACCAGUAUUACUUUGUUUUCUCUGAAAAAUCAAAAUCAUUUCACAUUAUUUUGAAUUCCUACGUUGAUGUUGUGACUAUCGUUAGGUUAGAUUACUUUAGAUUAUCUUUUGUCAGUUUUUGCGACAGGAUGUACACUUGCCAUUGCAUUAGGUACACCAGUUAGGCUCAUCCAAAUAUCUAAUCAGCCAAUCACAUGGCUCCAACUCAGUGUGUUCACACAUCUGGACAUGCUCAAGCCAGGCUGAAGUGAUUUAAGUGGCCUUGGUCGAGUUCUUGGUCUGAGCAUUUCAAAAAGGGGAGAUGUGCUGGGACUUUCUCACAGCAGCAUCUCUAAGUUCACAGAGAACGGUCCCAAAACGAGAAAACACCCAGUGAGCAGCUGGGAGACACCGCCAGAGGUCCAAGGAGAAUGGACUGCUUUGAGCUGAUAAAGGCAACGGUCACUCCAGCGUCGUUACACGUCGAAGCCCGAAGCCGAUGGGCUUCAGCAGCAGGCGACCACACCGGGUGCCACUUCUGUCAGCUAAGAACAGCAAACUGAAGCUACAGCUCACAAACACUCACCAACUCAAAACCCAUUGAGGGUUUUUAAAAAAACAAAAAAAACAAACGCUAAUGCAUCUUUUCCCCAUGUUUUUAUUUCCUGGUAAUAACUUCUGCUGUUAUUUGUGCUUCUGUUGCGUGUGUUGGUUUGGCAGCGGCUCCCAUGUCCCACUUUUUUGUUUGUUAUGUUUGCAGCGGGACAAUCGUGGCCUGAAAGCAAAUCCUCAUUGUUUGAGGUUUGAUUCAUCUUUUCAAACGAAAGUCUAAGUUUAUUCUUUCCAACAAAGCAGCUCGGUCACAAAGACAGAAAGAGAAGGCGGGCGUGGAGCGGGCGGAGGAAUGUAUGAACUUGGGAGCGUUUAGCAGGAGUGAUAAAGCAGAUAUCAACAUAAAGAGACUGGGAUGGGCUCUGAACUGAGUCAGCAUCACAGCAACUGUUACCAGCGAAGAGAAACACGCUCACUCGUUUUAGGUUUCCAUUUCUCUGGGCUUUUUUAAAUCUUUUAUAUUUUAUCUGAAUAAAC